CAAGAGCUGACCCAGCCGUGGGGCGAGCGGCCCGUCCCGUCCAGCGAGUGCGCGCCGGGCACCAUGCAGCUCUUGGUGAGGGUGCCGUCCGUCCCGGAGCGGGGCGAGCUGGACUGCAGCAUCUGCUACCGGCCCUUCAACCUCGCGGGCCGCGCGCCCCGCCGCCUGCCCGGGACGGCGCGCGCCCGCUGCGGCCACACGCUCUGCACCGCGUGCUUGCGCGAGCUGGCGGCGCGCGGCGACGGCGGCGGGGCGGCCGCGCGCGUGGUGCGCCUGCGCCGCGCCGUCACGUGCCCAUUCUGCCGCGCGCCAACGCCGCUUCCGCGCGGCCGGGUCACGGAGGUCUCCGUGGACCGGGACUUGUGGUCGCGGCUGGAGGAGAGCGCGCGGGCCGAGCGCAAGCAGGAUGAGGCGGGAGGCCCUGUGCCGGGAGGCGGCGACGCCCACGACGGAGACGAGAGCGACGAGGAGGCGGGACCCAAGAGCGCGGGCUGGCGCGCGUUGCGGCGGCUGUGGGAGCGGGUACUGGCGCCUGCGCGCCGCUGGCGGCGGCCGCUGCCUAGCAACGUGCUGUACUGUCCGGAGAUGAAGGACCUGGCCCGCAUGAGCCCAUGCACGCUGUGACCACGGAGCCCGGUGGGCGCUGCAUUCUCGGGGCGUGCUGGAGUGCAGGGGUGAUGACAAGGCCACCCAGUGCCCAUCCGGGGAAUGGCGCUGCUGCAAGAGUUGAACCUAGGGCAGGAGGGGCCACCCUAGCCAAUGGCCCCCUCCCAUGUACCGGCUGGACCAGCCUCGCCAGUCUUGUGUCUUCAGGGGAAGAGGCCCGGAGAUGGUGGAGACGGGUCCUCAUUCCCGUGAGAAGGACAGAGUGUGUCCCUAGCUGUGACUCUGGCUUUUGUCCAGGGCAGCUCUGGGCAGUGGGAACAAAGGCCUCUUCUAGCAAUUCUGUUAGUGGUUUGAAAUUUUUUUUAAAGAUAGAACAUGAGAAGAGGCUGAUUUUUGUGUCAUGUUAAUGUCACUUCUGUGGCAGGUUAGAGAACUGAGAAAAAAAUUUUUUUUGCAGUGCUGGUAUGCCUGUCUCCCCAGACCUAGUAGUGUGUUCCUAAAAUUAUUGAGAUGCCUCUGUGCCUCGCUUCAUUUCACAAUCUCCCUUCAACCUGUGAGGGCAGGUAUCACAAGGUCCAGAGGGCAUUCAUCUGAAGCACCUAAUUGGGGCCUAUCAGGGAUAGGAAAGCCAUUUGGUAUCACAUUUUAAUCUUUUGAUAUUAUCUAUAUAAUCACAGGGAAAGCAUUGUUAUUAUGGAAAAAGAUGCGUAUCAUACAGAUUUUUUUUCUUUUUUUAGAGUGAGCACAGGGGCAGGUACAGAGAGAAAGUGAGAGGAGCUCAGGCAGGCUCUCUGCUGAGCUGGAGCCGGACUCGGAGCUUAAUGUCACAACCCUGAGAUCAUGACCGAAGCUGAAACCAAGAGUCAAAAGCUUGACCCACUCAGCCACCUUCCACCCAGGUACCUGUCAUCCUCCAAUUUUAAAUUUGUGCUCCUUACUUGGACAUCUCCUACUGUAAUGCCAUGGAUUCUAUUUUAAAAUCCUAUAAACAUGUCAAUGUAGUUAUAGUUUUAGUCUAGGAGCCGCAGCAGCAUCACUGCAAUUAUAAGAUCUCAGGAUCCCACUUCAGACUCCUCUGAGUUUUCACAAUAAUCCCAGGUGAUCUGUGUGCACAUAAACAUUUAAGCAUCACUGAUUCAGGUCCUGGACUUGCUGGGAUGUCACCUUCUGUGGGUAGUAUAUUUAACACUAGUUGGUAUAAAGGAUAUAAACUCUAUUGGAAGUUGUAAAGGACGUUCUGUUGCUAAAGAAAUCUGUAUGUGUGUGUGGCUUAUUUAUUGUGUGACCUUUUCCUGAAUUACAAAUGUGAAUUUAUGAAAUAUAAACUUCAAUUUUUAUAACCAUA